CCAGUGGACAGCGACACACUCUGGUCCUCAAGAUUCUCGUUGUCUCAGGAUUUUCGGUGCUGGACUCCGACUGUACCGCGCCAAGUCCCCGGUACCGGCUGCCCUGGGCACAAAGGCAGCGGAGCCGAGGGGAGAGCUUGGAAGGCACAGCUGUCCUGCUACGCCCCUGCCCGGCGCCGGGUGCAAUUCGUCUCUGCAGUUGGAGAUUCUCCCAGGACUCGGGCCAGCGCCAAUCAGGUCGCACCUGCCCUCCCCCAACCCCCCAGCCUCUGCACCUGGAGGAGCGAUGAGGUCCUGGGCUCGGUGCAGGGCGAGCACUCGGAGCGCCGGCGAGGGCAGAGAUGCCUCACGUGGGCCUCCCCAGCCGCGGGCGCCCGUGAGGACGUGCGCAGACCCCGUGGGAGCCGAGCGCGGGAGCGGCGGUCGGCCGUAGCGGGGCGAGCCCUCCAGCGCGCAGGAGACGGGGCGGGGCGCCGGGGCCGAGCUCCCCGCGGGCGCCGGGCUCCGCACGCGGAAGUGCCUGGCCGAGGAGCGCUUUCGAGGGCGCCUCGACAUCCAGGGACUGAUGCCCUUGGCCAUGAGGAACCCCCAACCACUAUUUGCACAGGUGCAGCCUGUGUGACUGAGCCACCGCUGCUCCAGCUGUUUCACGUCACCGUUCCCUUUACUGAACAGUUGGAUGGGGCAUCGGGCGGAUGACCGCGGGAACGGUCGUGAUCACUGGCGGAAUCCUAGCUACGGUGAUCCUCCUCUGCAUCAUCGCCGUCCUGUGCUACUGUAGGCUCCAGUAUUACUGCUGCAAGAAGAGCACAGCUGAAGAUGCAGACCAGGAGGAGGACGAAGAGGAGGAGCAUGGCCUUCCCGCCCCCCCCAGGGGCCCCACCUGCAAUGCCUGCAGCUCCCGAGCCCUGGACGGCAGAGGCAGCCUGGCACCUCUCACCGGCGAGCCCUGCAGCCAGCCGUGCGGGGUGGCCGCCGGCCACUGCACCACCUGCUCCCCUUACCACGCCCCCUUCUACAUACGGACAGCUGACAUGGUGCCCAACGGGGGUGGAGGCGAGAGGCUCUCCUUUGCUCCCGUUUGCUACAAGGAGGGGGGACCCCCAUCCCUCAAACUGGCACCGCCCCAGAGUUACCCGGUGACCUGGCCAGGCUCUGGGCGUGAGGCCUUCACCAAUCCAAGGGCUAUUAGUACAGACGUGUGACCCCGUCCACCCCAGCCAGCACACACACCAACGCUGCCACCCGGGGGAGCAGAGGAGGCGGCCAGUGGCCCUCCAACAGCCCCACGGAGACUCCUCGUUUCUUUGGCCUUUCUUGCUCCACAGCGGAGGGCUCGCCAGGUUGAGCUGUUGAGUGCUUUGAGAACCAGGGCAGGCCCGGCUCCCGCCCGCCCCGUGGCUCACAGGUGGGGGCCCAUCUGAUAGGCUGGCCUUGCCGCUCCCCCAGUUUCUCUCUGACUCCCCUCUGACCACCCCCUGCAUCACCACAACCCCUUGGGGAUCCCCAAGCCCCGGCUCUGCUGGCUGGGCAAAGGAGCCCCAGGGAACACGGCUCUAGGGGCCUCUGGAGCCUGUGGGAGAUGAAGCGGCCAUGUCCAGAAGAAAGGGGGACAGAGGGCAAGGAGAGAAGCGAGGACUGGACACCCCGAAGUUGGGGAGGGCAGGGAAGGUGAGGCCUGCAUGCUGGGAUCAGCCAGGAGCUCGUUCACAGUCCAGUUUUCUACCUUGGGGGCCAGAGCUAGUACUGUCCCUGGAGCGGCUCUGCUGGGCCUGUUAUGACUGAACGUCCCACACCUGCCUCUGCACCACCACCCCACGGAACACCGAGCUGACCUUAAAGGUCGUGGCAUGGGUUAUGUAGGGUCUGCAUUGAAUAUCCCUGUUCAACCCCCUCCCCCACCGCAUCCUUUCUCUGCCCUAGGAACCAGCUGCCCCCUGCUGGAGAAGCCUUUCAAAUUGUUCCUAGAAGCUUAGCUCUGAGAUCCCUCUGGUCCUCCCAGGCCCUGGUCCACCUCGCUUAGCGCCAUGCAUGGCCACAGUGCUGUGGGGAGGUGUGCGUUCCUUUCCCCAGGUGCACACGCACCAGUCACCAGCAGCAGGCACUGAGGGCUUUGUCACAGUCAGUAAUAGCUGCCCAGGACAAGCGUCCAGGGACGACAAUGAGCAAGAAAAGCAGCAAGAACAGAGGUGACAUUUUAAAAUUGUUUUUUAGUUAUAGAUGAACACAAUACCUUUAUUUAUUUUUAUGGGUGGCUGAGGAUCAAACCCAGUGCCUCCCAUGUGCCAGGCAAGCGCUCCACCACUGAGCCCCAGCCCCAGCCCCCAGGAGGUGAUUAGGGGGCCAGUCCCUAUGGCAACCAGACAGAAGGUCCAGGAAGAGCCUGGAGUCCGUGGGGCAAUGCUGCAGUGACUGAAGCGGCCCCCACAAGCUCCUCCAGAAGCCAGGGACUCCACUUGGGCAUCCACCCGUGUCACCAGAUCAUUUUGUCCCACAGGGAGCAACAGCUCUCCCGAGCACUAGAGGGCUUCUGAGGAUCAGGUGUGUCUUGGCCAUUGACUUUUGUGCUUGCUGCCCUCCCUGGCCACCUCACUCUCCGGUCUCCUGCUGGUGGGACAUUUAUUGCUGUUUCACUCUAGUCCCAAGUUCAAGUCCUGCUUACCACCCUGCAGUGGCCUUAUGCUUUUUAAGUCAUAUAUCUGAUGCAAUUUCCAGUAGCUUCUGCAGUAAAAGGUGGCUGUCCCCGCUUCUAAGGGCAUAGCUAACCCCUGCCCACUCCUGAGUCGCUGAAUGUUUCAGCACCGGGAUGAGGCUGGCCUCUCUGCUGAAAUCCUAGUAUUGGACACGGGUAGGUACAGUGGAGGGAGCGUGAAGGGGGACGCCCACCUCACGUCUCCACCUGGAAUCCAAGCGCACUGGGUUGAGAAGCAGAAGACCUGGGCUCUGGCCACAUUUUGGUCACUCAUUGGCUCUAGGACCAGUCACUUCUCUGAGACUCUAUUUUCUCCAGGAAGACGAGGGUGAAGUCUCAGGGCCCCCUAGUGCUGUGUGAAGUGAGGGCUUCCUAAAAACAGGUGCAGCCUGGCUGUUCCCUCUCGCCCUCCUCCUGACGGGGGAUGGAUGUGCUCCCAGCUGUCUGAUCCUGUGUACGGGGAGGCUGGCUGAAUUCCAAAUGUCAGACAGACAUGUUUGACCCCCACGGAGUGACCUCCUCAGGUGGGAGCAAGGCUUCUGCACCAGGAAGCAGCUCCAGGUGCGUCAAGGAGAUUUGUCUCCCAGUGCAGGGGAACGGCGUUGAUCCCUUUCCUGGGCAAAUGUAACCCUGUGGUGAGCUGCUGAGCUUGGCCGCCCUCCCUGCUUCCUGAGGACCAGCCCCGGUGCCUUGCGCCCCUUCAAUUCCACGGCCGAUGACCCCAGGGCCACAGUCUUCCCCACCAAAAAUAACAACUCCACCGUUGCACCUCCUGCCUGGGAAGAAUCAGCACAACCCAGCUCACCACCACCCGCUGCUUGCCCCUGAUCUGUUGGGGCCCCUGAAGACAAAGCAUCCCACAGCACUGUCUCCUCCGGCAGCUGUCCCAACCUAACUGCUCUUAACCCAAGUCCAAAUCUAGGUCCGGGGUGUUGGAAGGCAGGCCACUGCCCUCCCUCUGCAGCCCUCACUGCUCAGAGCACAGGCUCCAAACCAGGCUCAGGCUCGCUUGCCCCGCUGUGGCUGCCGGGCCUUGUGCAGGUCAGCUUUUCGUCAUUGGGACCAAUGAUACUUGAUCAGAACUCAGAGGAGGAAAAGCUUAUUUGGGCUCCAUCAGAGGUCUCAGUCCAUGGUCAGUGGGCUCCAUGGCUUAUGGUGGAAGGGUGUGGCAGAGGGAAGCAGAGCCAGGGAGAGAGAAGGGGCCAGGGACAGAAGCAGCCCCCGAGGCCACAUUCCCAGGGCCCUACAUCUUCCAGCCACGCUCCACCUGCCUAGAGUUCUCACCAGUUCCCAGAAAACCCAUUCAAACUAUCAGUCUAUCAAAUCAUUAAUCCACGGAUGAGUCCUGAGCCCCCAGGACCCAAUCAUGCCUCAAAGCCCCACCCGGGACCUUGCUGCGCUGCGGAGAUGUUCCAGGCCCAGACGGUGACAGGCCUGCCCCAUGGAGGGGGAAGCUCACCCCACUCGGCCACACUGUCCUGUUAGCUGUGGCGUCUACUACGGGACACCAUUUAUACACUCUUCAAACUGAACCCUGAACAGAAGAGAAGGAGACGGGGCCCCGUCUUCUCCGCCAUCUUUCUCGGCCUCCACUUCACUACUCCUGCAGAUUUCUUGUCUUGCAUCUUUGAUAACUUGGAGUCACAACCAAGUGAAUGUCAAAAUGAAUGAGAAAUUUGAAAUAGAAA